AUGGGUGGCUUUGCUGUUGUUGCUUAUUAUGGAUUUAAGAAUGGGGAUCCCAAAACUUUAUUUGCGCCUUUGGAUGCAGAUGGAAAUUUUUGCGGAAUCACAAAAGGUUAUGAGGACUAUAAGCUUCUUUAUUUUUAAGAUAUUACAGAGAUAAAUUGGCUGCCUUACUAGGUUUGUGUUUCAAAAUGCCCUAACAAAGGAGACAAAAUCGAUUUAUUCGAUAAGAUUUGCUUGCCAAAGUAUGAAACGCUGCCACAAUAGUAUCAAGAUGCUUUUAAUAAUGUGAUUGGAGACAUUGGUAUUGAUGAUAUUGGAUAGCAAUUUGCAGAAGUCUUAUCUUGGAUCUCUUUAAUUCUUGGAUUUGCAGGUAUUAUUGCUUUAGGAUACUUUUCUUACAAGAACGCAGAGGAUAAAUAUGAUACAACUAAAUCCUUUCUGAAAAUUGCUGCAUAUGUAUUAUGGGCCAUCGGUGCACUAUAUAUACUUAUAAUACUUUGCAUAUUCAACAAUAUCAAGAUAGCAACUGCUGUCUUAAAAACUUCAUCAGUUUUUGUGAGCAAAAAUCUUCAUGUUGUUAUUGUGCCCUAUCUCUCGUUGGCUUUUACACUUUUAUUCAUUGCAGCAUGGGCUGUUAUAGCAGCUUAUCUAUUUAGCUCUGGUGAAAUUCAAGCAUCCACCCAUGGUACUUAAUAUAAGCACCUAGUUUGGAUUGGAUAUACAUGGCUAUUUAGAUAUAAUUUUGGAAGUAUUGCUUUUGGGUCGUUUUUGCUUGCAUUAGUAUGGUUUUUAAUUGUAGUCUUCGAAUAUAUUCAAAAGAAGCUUGAAUAAAGUUAAAAACUAGCAAGUGAACCUACUGCAUGCAUUAAAUGUUUUGUGAGUUGCUGUAGAUGCUGCUUACAAUGCUGCCACAGAUUCAUCAAAUAUUUAAAUAAAAACGCAUUUGUUUAAGUAGCUUUACAUAACACCAAUUUCUGUAGAUCCGCUAUUAAUGGGUUCUUACUAGCAAUGAAAAAUAGAGCUACCUUUUUCGUGACUGAGGGAUUAGGGGGAGUCUUUAUGUUCCUUGGGAAAGUUUUCAUUUCUAUGUUAAAUACUCUAAUCGCUUAUUUGAUAUUUAAAUUUUGGGAUGACAUUAAUAGCAAAGUCAAUUCACCAAUUGCUCCAAUGGCUGCUGUCUAUACAGUAUCAUAUAUCAUAUCAAGCCUUUUUAUGAGCAUAUAUGCUAUAACAUCCAUAAGUUUAUUAUAAUGUUUCCUCACUGAUGUUGAGUUAACUAGGAAUGAUAAGGGCGAUGCUCUUGAAGGAAAAGAUGGCAAGCACAGACCUAAAGAGCUAGAUGCCUUAGUUAAGGUGUUAACCAGGAAAUGA